AUGUCGACAUCAUCUGUCACCCAGGCAAAAUCAGUUCGAUUUGGUAAGGUGCAUGUUCGAGAGUUUCUGAGAAUGUUGGGUCCGAGUGUUGUUCCGGGCGAUGGCGGUUGGCCCCUUGGCAUUUCGUUCGACUUGGUGAACGAAGGCGAGGCUGAGGUCUCGGUGGAUUCUUUCGAAUCUAGAAAGCAAGAGCGACUGCGGAAUAGAUGGCGUUCCCAGUAUCCAGACUCAGAGCCUCCCCUGCUGUUGGAAAGUCGGCAAUGGGACUACAAACAAUCAUCGAAGAAUCCUAUUUUUCGCUUGAUUUAUGAAAAAGAGAGGAUGUCACUUUUACUAGAAGACACGGGUACUACCUGUAAAGGGGAUAGAAGUCAAAGCUCUCUUUCGCAUGAUUUUGAGCAAAAAAGCUCAAAAAAUACGCUGCGCACUCGAUCAGGGUCGUUCUCAGAGCAGUACAAUGAUAUAUACACCCAGGUGAAGGUUCACCAUAUUCGAAACGAGCUCGAGCAACUUCGAAACAGCAGAAGCGGAGAGGGGAGCACAGGCUGCACGUGUCGAAAGCUUCACGUCUAUCUUCCUCCACCAAAUGCCGGCAGGAAAGCAGCACACCGGCGAACAAAACCGGCGAAAGUAAAGGAAGAACUUCGGAAACGCCAUGCUCUACCAGAAGGCACCGUGAGUAGAGAAGAACUGGAAAGACGGCUGCAUGACUUGGUGGAAGAAGAACCGUGUUGCACAUCCGAUUGCCCAUGCGUCCGCGCUGGGAUUGUCUGCCAAAUUGACUCGUGUUCCUGCUGGAUGAUAUCGCAUCAAAUGGACAAAGGAAAGCAGUUUGUGAGGAAUCCGACGACAGAGCAAAUACAGCAGCGCUGUGGGAACCGAUACGGUAUGACGACAAUUGACUGUACUGAGAUCAACCAAUAUCGCAAAAAAUUCGUUUGCGCAUAA